UUCUUGUGAUAGAUACUAUAGAAGAAACAGAGAUGUCUGAAGCUGGUGUCAAGGUCUUUGUAAGACCAUUAAGUUUUGAAGUCGAAAGAGAACAACUUGAGUCUCAUUUUGGAACCGCCGGUCCUAUUGCCGAUGUUUUGAUCUUGAGAGGAUUUGCCUACAUCACUUUCGAAAACAGCGAAGAUGCCACUCGUGCUAUCGAGACCUUCAACGCUACUGAGUUCGAUGGCCAGCAAUUGCAGGUAGAAACUGCCCGUGAAAGACCGGAAGAUACCAGAGGCAAAUACAGAGUUAAGAUUACCAACUUGCCAGACAACGCUGCUUGGCAAGACUUGAAGGAUUUCGUCAGAGAAAAGACUGGCUACCAGGGUUUGUUUGCUAAGAUCAACAGAGACUACGAAUCUGGUGAAGUUUCUGGUUCUUUGGAAUUUGCCUCUGCUGAAGAAUUGGAAAGAGCUAUUCCAUUAUUGGACAAAGCUGAGUUCCAGGAUGCCGUCAUUGGUGCUGAAGAAGAUACUUCUCCAUUUGUUCCUCCAGCCAGAAGAGGUGGCUUCAGAGGAGGCAGAGGUGGUUUCGACAGAGGUGGAUUCAGAGGUGGCCGUGGAGGUUACGACAGAGGUGGAUUCAGAGGUGGCCGUGGAGGUUACGAUAGAGGUGGAUUCAGAGGUGGUAGAGGUGGUGGCUUCAGAGGCGGAAGAGGUGGAUUCGACCGUGGUGGAUUCAGAGGCGGAAGAGGUGGCUAUGACAGAGGUGACAGAGGUGACUUCAGAGGUGGAAGAGGUGGUGAUUACAACAGAGAAGACAGAGGAGACUCGUACACCAGAGACAGAUCGCCAACUCGUUACUAAUCUGAGAAGACUCUUUACAGGUCUAUGUGAGUCUGAAAAUUCUUUCCCUUUGCUUUCCAUAUUAUAUUGUUCCAUUCCUUUUUCAUAAAAAAAGAAUCGAGUUGAUUAAAGAUUGAAUUGUUGAAUUAUCAUGAAUUGUUGAAUUGUCAUUGAUUGAAAUGUUGAAGUUGAUUUGAUGAAUCGUUGAGAUGAUUUGAAGUGAUUUGAUGAAGUGUUGACUAUCCUAUUGUUAUUGUUUAAGUUUUUGCAUCGAGGAGAGAACGAAUUUUGUAUCAAUAUUCGAAAUAUAUACUCUGU